CGGGUGUCACAUGAUUGGAACCGCAAUCUACUUCUCCGUGUUGCAGUCGCUUGGCGGGAAGUCGCAGAUGCGGGAGCUCUUCGACAGCCCAGAGGCAGGCCGGCACUACUCGGAAUUUGCGCUUCAGGUUUUUCUGAACCAGCAUGCGCGGGAACGGAUGGUGUAUCUGAACUACUAUUUCGUCGGGGUCAGGAAUAAUUUAAUCGUCGCCAUGGCCUUCAGUUUCGUGCAGGUGUACAGUAAAAAAACGUCGAAGUGGACAAACAUGAACACCAUGACGCUGCUCACUCUGUGGGAACAGGUAACAAGUGUGCUGCAGUUGAGACUUCUGAGUGAGAAUUUCCAGCAACCGCAGGAAGCCCUGCUUUUAUUUCCAAAAAGAAAACGAGAACGACAAGGUGGAGCGGAUUUUUUCGCUUAAAAUCGUUUAGUUCUACUUACCUUUUCCACCUUUUUUUCCUCGCAGUACAGUAGUUCUCAAAAUGUUCAUGUUGCUCACACUACAAAAAUCCUCAGGUUGGCAUCCUCGCGUUCAGCGUGGUGGGCGUCUUCACGCGAUUUUUCGAGUUGAAGAUGGACAACAGCGUGCACGCCGCGGGGAACAUGGUGUUGUUCGGUCUCUCCGGCAUCGCCACCCUGCUGCUUGUGCCGCUCUUCCGGUCCGCGUUCUUUACCUUGGAAAAAGAGGAAGAGGAGGAAGACGUUCUUGCGGACAACUUGUCGAAACCUGAAAAGAACCCACUUUCGGAGGUGACUGAUGUUGAAGCCGACGCUCUUGUGGUCAAGAGUGAGGAACAUCACGACAGCGGGGCAUCCUUCGCCUCAGAUCCAGAAGAAAGAGGAAACGACCGGAUUUCAUCACCGAGAAGUAGAACGUCAUCUGUACAGGAACUUCUAGUAGAAAAAGAAGCUGCGAACUCAAAAAACAUCCAGAGCGACGAGGGCACGACAGACGAUAAAAAAAAGCAACAUUAUUGCAGCAAAAUCUGGGAAGGUUUGAAGUACUCCUUCUUCGGCGUUUACUUGGUUGCUCGGUACCGGUACGUACUGUACCUCUUUUUCCUGAAUUCCCUCGUCUAUCCCCUGCGCGCCAUUCUGGACAUUCAGCUCGCGCUCAUUCUGAACCAAGCCGUGGAGCGCGCGCCGGACGACGGGACCACACUGAAGGUGCCGGAAUACGCCGGUGGGUGGAUGGGGUCGCAGGUGACGGACGUGAAACUGGUUCUGCAGUCCACUAUCGGGAUCGCCGCCGCGCUCGUUUGCACCGCUGCGGUCUACUACGCGUUUAGCGACAUGGCGAAAAAGACCGGGGGCACGCGGAGGGUGCUGGUCCAAGCGCCGAUCGCGGUGAUGCUGGUGAUCACGGUACUGUGCGUGACGUCGCUCACGUCGGAGCAAAGGGGGUAUGUGAAUCUCAAUGUCGAAGUUUUUACGUCAACGAGUAGAAAUAGUAUACUAACUGGAUCCGGCCCAAACGUGGCGCUACACACGCCCGCGAUCGGAUGGAACGACAAAAAUUUCGAGACCGCGAACCGCCAGCGCGGCUUCCGCAACGCCGUCCGGGACAGGGAUGCAGUUUGGUUUCUGGAACAACCCAGUAGAGAGGUUCAGGAACAAGUGUUGAACGAUGAUGAGAACAAUGAUCUUCCCGUAAGACUGAGAACGGUGACGAAGCACAGUUGUCAGCUCGCGCGCCCAAGGGUUGACCCAUCGGUGAGAAGAACGCAGGACGCAACGGAAUGCGUCGGGAAGGUUGCAGUCUACCGCUGGCAGCAACAUUUACGAGGUAAGGACGUGCCGCUAGCAAACGCGAAGGUUUUUACUUCGACUGCUGUGGGAGCAGGAGGUGCUGCGCAACAAGGAUCAGAACCACCACAACAGGGGAUGACAGGUUCCGCGCCUACUGGUCGGUCUUCUUCCCUCCCAACUCAGCUUGCGGUGGAGCUGGACAAUUUUACGCCUUUGCUUCCAACGCAGCGAAGAGGACACAAUAGCUACAGCAGUGAGGACAGCUGUGCAUCGGUGGAAGCGAACUCGGUGACGUUUUCCCGAUCGAACCUCCAGCAGGCCAUGAAGAUCUUUUUCUUCGCGUCCAAUUACGAGCAGUGCAGCACCCAGUGCCGCGACAGCUGCAAGAACGGCUACGGUACCUGCACCCACUUCUUGUUUUCUUGUCAAGAAGGCGCCAGUUUGCGAAACGACGGCAAGGCUUGCUCGAUGAACGGGAAGACCGUCGCCUGGGCGCAGUGCGUGCUACUGAAUCAACAUCAGAAUACUAGCGCUGGUACUGGUGCUAGAGCCAGAGCCGGUCUCCAUCAGAGAAGUGGUGCUGGAGCUGCUGGUGCAGGAGAGGCUGCAGGAGGCAAUAAUUCUGGUCAAACAAGUAGAACAAGUCAGAGAGAAGCAAGACGGCACGCGCGAGACGCACAGAUUUUCGACGCGAGCCCCUUCAAGUCUUUCCUCUUGUCCACGCACCUGCCCUCCCUGCGUCUCUUCAGCCUGACGCCCGACCGCAGCUUCCAGGAGGUCGCAAAACUGGCGGAAGAGGCACAGGCGGCCGCACUGAUCAUCGACGUCAAGAGGGAUGUCUUUGUCGUGGCGGAAAAGGACAACGAUAAUACCAGCCAGCCCAGCAUUCUCACGGCGAUCACCAGUCGGAAUUCGUUCUCAGAUUCUUUCGUUGCCGACGCGGUGGCCGAUUUGGACAGGAGACACAGGGAAGAAGAUGAAAAUGGAAAUAAUCUCGAAGUACCAGACAUUCGUCCGCCACCAGCGAACAACGCUGUGCUCGAUGAGGUUAUCCGCAUCAAGUGGCUAGAAAGGGUUCCUCCGAUAAACCUGAGUUACUACUAUCUCGGUGCAAAAGCUAGUACCGGAGGACAGAAUACUCAGCCUGCUCCAGGUGCAGCAGAAGUUCCUGGUGGCGAGCAUGAGCAACAGCAAGAAACCCCCACUGGCGGCCAGGCAAGAAGAGCAGCAGCCUCAGCAGAUCCGGAACCAGAUUUGAAUACCGGGUCCGCGAGUUUGUUCGAGUCUUGGCCCCGGCUGUCCGCGCUGGCCCGGUACAUUCUGUGCUCCAUCUUCUACAUUUACCUCAACGUGGCCAUGUGGUGUUUCAAUGCGCCCAUGAUCAACGUGCUGUACCUGCGCACGAGCAAGGACGUGAAAAUCCAGGCGCAGUCCUGGUCGAAAAACUUCGGUGUGGACGCGCUGAAAAUCUUUGGUACUUUGUUCAACAACGCGGUGAAUAUUCCGACGUUUCUCCCCUUCACCAACUGGCUCAUCACCGUCGCGGCAGGGCUAAUUUGGAUUUUCGGGAUCAUCUUUCCCGCGUCGCGGGAGUACCAGAGGCUGGAGCGGGAAAACGCCAUUGUCGGGGAGGAGAGUGCUGUAGAAAUGACAGAAGGUCAUAAUCGUGCUCCUGGGGCGGGUCAAUUUGAUGAUGGAGUUGAAGAUGAAGAUCUUGUAGAAGAAAGAAGUGCUGGAAAGGACCACCACGACGAGGAGUACAGAAGUAACACCUCCGAGUUGUUCUAUGAACACGAUCCUUUAAUAGGAGGAAGUGAUAGCGAAGACGAAGCGGAAAGAGAAGAUCUGCUGGAGAAGGGCCUACUGAAGAAAAAAGACCCUCGAGAGUCCGACUCUCACCACCAGCGACUGAAGCAGCGACAGAACAACCCAUCUUGAUCCUAAUCGUCCGCCACGACCCCACAGUAUCAUGAGUAGUUCGAUAGAUCAGUAAUUGUUCUUUUCGUGUGCGACGCACCAGCGACCGACAUUCAUUCUUCGACAGUCACACUUUGCGAAGUUUUACAUGUAUGAAGAUAUUACACUUCGACUUCUGCUCCGCCCGAAGCGAAGCAAAUGAUUUUUUAGCGAGUCCCCUGGAGUUCACCGCUGCUGCACAGACCACACCAUGCUGUGUGUUUGUGUAGCGAAAUUACUAGUACAAUUAAAGCAAGUGAGGAACGUGCAGCCUGUGACAGUUGUAAAUUCUGUGUUAGCGGGCCCUGCUAAAAAUAUUAAGUACCCCGAAGCGACUACAGGUACAGUAUAGCGAAGAAUGAAACCCCCACAUAGGAAGAUCACCAACAUGAUACAAUUUUUUCAAAAUAGCUGUCUUUGACUUUGACUGCCCUUACUAGCUACCCAGCUGCAGGAGCCUGACUGACCCCGUGAAGCACGGCGACUGGUGUUUCAUACAUAUUGAUGAAGCCGCUCAUCAUAUGUAGAACAGGAAAUUCCUAAGUGUCACCUCCACAGUAUGUUGAAAACCUUGAAUUGCCGCACGGAAGGCUACAUGGAUUUUUCCUAACGCAGGGGACGCGAGGAGGCUAAGAAGCUGCCGCUGCUGCUACAAACCUACAACAC